AUGGUAAAAAAAAAUAUAAAAAAUACAAACACAAAUAAAACAGAAACUGCAACACAACGUAAACGAAGGCUUCAAAAAGCGAAAGAAAAGUAUAAAGCAAAACGAGCUAAAGAAAGUGAAGGUGAUAGAAAUAGUCGAUUACAGAAACGACGGGAACAAUUAGCGUCAAAAACACCUGAGCAAUAUGAGGCCAGGUUAAAAAAGCAACGUCAGCGAUAUACACAAAUGACGGCGUCAGAAACGCCUGAAGAAUAUGAAGCCAGGUUAACAAAGCAACGUGAGCGAUACACACAGAUGAUAGCGUCAGAAACGCCUGAAGAAUAUGAAGCCAGGUUAACAAAACAACGGGAGCGAUACACACAGAUGAUAGCGUCAGAAACGCCUGAAGAAUAUGAAGCCAGGUUAACAAAACAACGGGAGCGAUACACACAGAUGAUAGCGUCAGAAACGCCUGAAGAAUAUGAAGCCAGGUUAACAAAACAACGGGAGCGAUAUACACAGAUGGUAGCGUCAGAAACGCCUGAAGAAUAUGAAGUUAGAUUAAUACAAAGCCGUGAAAGACAAAGACAGCAGUUGGGUUCAGAAACGCCUGAACAUCGCGAUACGAGGUUAAAUAAACAACGAGAGCGUACCCAGCAAUGCAGAGCUAAUAGUCUGCAGACAUUCGAGAAUGCUAUUAACACAAUUUGUAUACAUGUUUGUGAUAUUUGUACCAAACGUUGUUAUCCUAAUCAAGUUCGUACAGUUCGGUACAACGCUGCUGCAUUAACAUACUUACCUGUGGAGUUAACUUCGAAAAUAUCAUUGUUAUUAUGUUCCCGCUGUCAAACACAUGUUACUAGUAAUAAAACAACAGCACCACCAAAAGCUUACUGGAAUAAUCUGGAUCCAGGUUCUAUACCAGACGUUAUUCAAACAUUGACACAGGCGGAACAACGUUUGCUGUGCAGAAUUAUUCCCUUUGUUAAAAUCGUGAAAUUGAGUGGCCUCUAUGGGCAGUACGGUAUUCGCGGACAGGCAGUUUUAUUUGCCCAAGAUAUCUUUGAAGUCAGUGAAAGACUGCCUAGUAUGCUACCAAGAUCUGCAAGCCAGGUAGGCAUUAUUGUAGUAACCGAACGAUUAGAAAAUUUGAACAUCACCAGAGAAUUCACAAUAUGUCGCGAAAAAGUCUAUAGUGCUUUAAGAUGGUUAAUCAGAAAUAACCCGCUUUACAAAGAUGUACGUAUUAACGACAAUGCCCAAAUUAGUGACCAGGAGUUAGUACGACUUAGUGUGCCCGAAUUGUCUGAAGAUGAAGCGUCCGAAAGGAAUGAAAAUGAAAUUCGAAAUGCAUUCAUUCCAAUUAAUAAUGUUGCAAGAAUUAUUCGAGCUUCAUGGCAUCAAGGUGACUACAACGUCUUUACUUCGCGAUAUGCUGGUGUACAAUGUAGUGCUAUGUCGUUGGCGAACAUUGUCCGAGCUGCAAUCCUAAGCCCUAAUCAAUGGGACGUCAAUAUUCUGAAUGCUAAUAUGUUAGCGGGUGACUCCUUAUAUUGCUGGAUUCGUACCCAGCUUGAUCCUACUGAACUGGAUGAAACAGGAUAUUUAGAGAUACGAAACUUUCAUAUCGUCAGGCAAAGUUUACAAAUGUAUGAAUGCCGAUUUUCUAUAGAAUGUGAUGAAGACACUCUUUUAUUCGGGAGUCUCCAAGAUUCUGUAAAUACCAAUAAUAUCGGCAUUACAUUACAUACAGCUUUAAAUAGACUAUUUGAUAGUCAUUCUUCAGGAAUAUUGACAGCGUCAAAUAAAUCUGUUAGCGUAUUUCGCGGUGAAGACAAAUACUAUUUUGCUGACUCCCAUUCUUGUGGCCCAAAAGGAAAACCAACACCAGAAAAUGGCAAAGCCUGUGUUAUAGAAUGUGACAACUUACAAGAACUGUGCCGCAUCUGUAAAAGAUGCCUCGGAUCCCGUAAUAUCGCGUACACCCUUACACGCGUAGACGUACAUUUGAGGGAAAAUAUUAUCACUCGUCAGGGUGUUCAAGUACAGCAACAGGAAGAUGCCAUCACUCAUCAGGAUGUACAAGUACAACAACCGCUUUCGAAUCUGAGAUCUGAAACUAUAUCUAUACAAACAUCUGUAAUGUUGCCUAUUGAUAGCGUCCAACCUGAUGUUGAAGAUGAGCUAGAGGUAUCUGAAAAUGUAAACGAAAUCAGAAGAAAGACGAAUAAUAAUAUUGUGAAUGAAGCUUAUGAGUUAAAAGCAGAAGAGUUCGCAUGGUAUCAGCUUUUCCCGUAUGGUAAAAAUGGUUUGAAAGAACAACGGCCCGUAAAUAUAAGUCCUUUGGAUUACUAUCAAUUUCGUUUAUUAGGUGCUGAUGUUAGAUUUCAGCGCAACGAUUACCUAUUCUAUGCUCUAUCAAUGUUUGAGUACUAUCGAGUUAAAUCAACCAUUGCAGCUUGUGCUAGAAAAGUUGAAGGUGAAAACGGCAAUCGAGUGGAAGACCUGCACUUAUAUUUAAAAAAUCUAAGAGGUUCCGCUGCUUAUUGGCGUAGUGCUCUUAGUGAUCUUAUAGCACAAAUCAGAUGUUUAGGACCUCCCACUUAUUUUGUUACAUUGAGCUGCAAUGAUCUUCACUGGAAGGAUAUGAAAAGAGGUCUCCUUGUUAGUGAUGGUAAACAGCACAUUGACCCAGAUGACAUAGAUAUUCAGGAAACUCAGAGACUCAUCGAGAUGUAUCCAGUUGUUGUGAGUAGACAUUUUAUGGUACGUGUUAAUGCGCUAAUGCAGUUUCUUAAAACUGAUACUGAAAUAUUUGGCGGUAAAGUUAAAGAUCAUUGGUGGCGAAUCGAGUUUCAGAACAGAGGAAGUCCUCAUUUGCAUAUGGUUGUUUGGAUCGAAGAUCACCCGUCUGUUGCGACACCUGAAGGAAUAGCACGCAUUGAUUCAGUCUGUAGUACUGCCAUUCCUCCAGAAACUUCAGAACUAUAUGAAUUAGUUAAAAAUUGUCAAAUACAUCGACACACUAGUACCUGCACGAAAAAUAAUUCUGUUUGUCGUUUCAAAUUUCCACGCUCGGAAUGCUUAGAGACACAUGUUAUUGAUCCUUCAUCUAACGAAUUCAUCUACAACGGUGGUCGCAUUUGCGUUCUGAAAAGAAAAAGUGAAGAUGGUUGGGUAAAUAAUUACAGUCCUGCUUUGCUAAAAAUGUGGAAAGCCAAUAUGGAUAUACAACCGUGUGGUACAAAUGAGUCGAUUGCGUAUUACAUCGCUAAAUACGUGUCAAAAUCAGAACCUACAAACCUAGAUGGUGAAGUAUCUCGAGCUAUUCAACAAAUUAGAAGAGAAGAAACUGACGUCUCGCGUAAGCUGUUUAAAAUAUGCAUGCGCAUAUUAAGAGAACGUCAAGUUUCAGCCUGCGAAUGCGUAUUCAGGCUAUGCCAUUUGAGUAUGCGUGACAGCUCGAGAAAAACAAUUUUUGUCAAUACUCGUAAAGCGGAACAAAGGUAUAAAGUGUUGAAGUUUAAUGAAGCUGGUCAAGCAGCAGGAUAUUGUGGCAAUAUUUUCGAACGAUAUGAAAAGCGACCAGCAGAGCAUCCCAACUAUGAUUUUAACAAUAUGUGUCUCAUAGAAUUUGCGAUGUUAUUUGAGCCACACUACACAAAACCGCCAGUUAUAAAUGAAGAGAGCAUCGAUACCGAUGCUUAUGCACCGCACGAGCAAACAACAAGAAGGCGUCUUAUAACUUUAACAGACAACACCAAAAUGACUAUUAGAAACACGCCAGCUGUAGUACGGGUACCUAACUUCGUAGCAGCUUCUGAUCCAGAGUCAUAUUAUUACAGUUUACUAAUCCAGUAUAAGCCGUAUCGCAAUGAGGCCGAACUUUUAGGAGAAUUUAAUAGUGCCAGAGAUGCGUUUCUCGCCAACGAAGAAAGUUUAAGACAAACAAACGCCUACUUGGAAAUAUAUCGUGAACGUGACAGGCAGCUUGAAAAUGCAUUCGCGCAAGUACACGCAUUUCAGAUACUGGAUCACGCAGAGCCGAUGGAACUAGACCAUGAAGAAGAAGUUCCUUAUUUGCCAAUGAAUGAAGACCAGUUCUUACAGGCUAAGCAGUCUAUGAAUGCAGGACAAAAGGAAAUUUUUACAUUAGUUACCCAGUCCAUACAAAAUCAAAUGUCAGGUGCUGAAGAACGUUUAAAAAUAUUCUUUACAGGAGGAGCUGGUGUGGGCAAGACUUUUCUAUUAAAGUUAUUACGAGACCAAAUUAAUAGGUGCUACGCAAAGGAUGCGGUUAAAGUCUGCUCACUAACAGGAGUUGCAGCUAGAUUAAUAAAUGGAGCUACGAUACACAGUACUUUAAAAUUGCCUGUACAGAAAGACGGUCGCAUAACAGGUAUGUCACCACUGUCCGGAAACUAUUUGCGAAUAAUGAGGCAACAAUGGCAUCAGACAGAAUUUUUGAUUGUCGACGAGAUUUCCAUGGUGUCUUAUCAAAUGUUAUGCAUGAUGGACGCUCGAUUAAGGCAAAUUAAGAACUGUGAAAAUGAGUUUUUUGGAGGAGUAAACGUAUUACUUUUCGCUGAUCUUUUACAACUGCCUCCUAUAAAACGAUCAGGAACACCUGUUUUCAAACAGCCAGAACAUCUCCAACCAGCUACACAUCUCUGGCGUUUAUUCACGCUGUGUGAAUUAACUGAAAAUAUGCGUCAGCAAGGUGACCAGACUUUUAUUGAUAUUUUGAAUGCUUUGAGAGUCGGUGAGCUAACAACCCAACAUUUUAGUAUUUUAAUGGGAAGACUUCUUCAAGACACGAGUGAUGAGUUUGCAAUAGACAAAGCGUUAAGGGUAUACCCCACAAAUCAACAAGUUAACGACCACAACUCUGCUGUAUUGAAUUUGUACAGAAAUAAUGGUGCUCGCAUUUACAAAAUAAAAGCGCAGGAUCAGCUAGUACACGCCACACGAAAUGCAGACAAUGUGGAUAUAGCUACUAUAAUACCAGCUGAUAUCAACAAAACUGGGGGUUUACCAGCGGAACUGCAAAUAUUUGUGGGGGCAAAAGUCAUGCUACGGUCCAAUAUUGACGUUUCAAAAGGAUUAGUAAAUGGCGCUAUAGGCUACAUCAACGAAAUCGUUUGGCCUCAAUUUCGUCGAACUCAGAUGUAUGCAACAGAUGUACCUUCCGUCCGAAUUGAUUUCGCAAGAGACGAAGUACAUCUUAUACACCCGAAAGCCAUACAGUUUCCAGCUAAGUACAAUUACGGGACGGCUGAAAGAAGAAUGUUGCCUUUAAUACUAUCAUGGGCUUCUACAAUACAUAAAAUGCAGGGCAGCACUGUGGAUCACGCAGUCGUAUACUUAGGUGCGAAACUGUUUGAAGAAGGUCAAGCCUACGUGGCUCUUAGUAGAGUAAGAUCUUUGCAGGGACUACGUAUAGAGGAGUUGGACUGCAAUAAACUAACGGGCAAGAAACCUUGCAAUAAUGAAGCACUAAAUGAAUUAAACAGAAUGCGAAAUAAAAACUAA